GUUGCGCAAGAACAACUGACUACUGUGUGUGAGGAGGAGUAGAAUAUUACGAAAACAAGGAAGAAGAAGGCAAAGAAUAAUAAGACGCAGAAAAGACCAAUGCAAUUCACAAUCACUAUUAUAGUAAUGACAAGAUGUCAAAUGCAGUUGCACAUAGCAACAAAACCACAUAUAACAAGAGGAUUGACAGCAAAACAUUUUAAUUGAAAAUCCACAGAGAAUGCUGCUUUUAAACACAAAAACAACUACAUAAGAAAUAAAACUAACAAAACAAAAAUAAAAAUAAAACAAAAUAGGGCAAAAUUGCGCUAGCAUGCUAACACACAUGCUGAGACGUUAAGUACUAACUGGGGCGUCUAUUUGAAGGUUAGGUGGCUUGGAACACAUAUCACUGCCCACAGAAACCUCGGGCGCACAUCAAACCUGCACUCGAUGAUUCAUCAGAGUUCUCGAAUAUUUUUUAUAACUUAUUGUUGCCUGCAAGCAUUGUAGUGGCCUACAAUAGGGGCAACAACAGCGUUUGCUACAAACUCAAUUUAAUAAACUGGGCAAAAAACACUGAGCCAUACAUACCGCAGCCAACACUUCGAUGGGUAAGACGUGUCCUACGCCCAGCCUUAAUUCGAGCAUCUCGAACUCUGUCAUAACGAAUGCGAGCAGCAACCACAACCAUCAUCACCAGCAACACCAACAGCAACAACACCAACAACACCACCAUCAGCAUCAUCAUCAGUCUGUGCCGCUGCCACCACCACCACCGCCGCAACCGAUACCACCGCAACAGCAUCAGCAUCAACAGCAGCAGCAACAGCAACAACAACGUUUUCCACAGAAAUACAUGAAUUCGAAGCGUAAACAUGCCAACAAUUACCACAACAUGCUGAUGCAUCCGGGCGCACAUCUGGAUCACAACAAUUACUUGCAUUUGAAUUCGUUGUGGUCCAUCUGGUAUGGUGUUUUGCUCACGCUAUUUCAGGGCUAUUUGGCCGUGCAUGGUGCCUAUCGAUUUCUCGGAUGUUCGCUGAUAACGUGGAAAAUUGAGCCGGUCGCUGAAUUGAAUCUGCAAAUUGUGCUUUCCGGCGUUGUCUUCAUUUUGCUGCCGUUCUUCUUUGCUUCGGCUGUUUUUAAGGUGGGCAACUUGGCUAACGAUGGCAUCAAAUUGGCGACUGGUUCGAAAGAGCGCCGCUGCUCCAUAUCACCACAUGACGGACUAGAGGAGGAGGCACGCGGUGGUACUCUACGCGCACUGUGGACACAUGGCGGCCCAACAUCGGCUUUUGUACACAUCGUGAUCGCUGUGUGUUUGCUGUUGCCGCGUCUGCUCUUGGAGGCUAGAAUAAUUGAAAACGGACUACUGCCAAGAGAGAAUAUUUGGCAAACGGAGCUCGACUUUAUUGCGGUCAAUCGUCGUAAUUUAGUUGUGCUUUCGGUGGUUACAGCACCCUACCAAAAUGGUACAGGCAUCCACGGCGACGUCAGCAACAGUCUGGAGGACGACCAAGACGAUGACUACUACAACGAUACGAUGUUUACGGCUGUCGGUGCUGGCGCUGCAGGAACCGACAUAAACAAUAAUAUGUUCGACAUGCUCACGAGUUCGAAGCAAGUUAAAUUCGGCAAUCGGAAGGCGGAAGCAAAAGCGAAGAGUAGCAACAAUAUAGGAGUGGAUUUCCGUGAUGGCGGGAAGACAAGAUAUUUUGAAGUGCCCGAUUUAAUUAAUCAGAACAGCAAGGAAGAGCGAAGAGACCAAGAGGAAGCAAAUAAUAAUGACGAUGGUGUUGCUGAUGUUGAUGCAAACCGCAAGAACAACAAUAAAUUUGACUUGAAUGAAGGAACUGAUAUUUAUGAUGGUAGAGGUGCCGAAGGAGGUGGCGUUUUCGCAGGCGGUGGUGAUGGUGAGGGCGAGAGCGAAGGACGCAUUUUCGUUGAACAUUUCGAUACAAAGGAUAUUUGGAGUGGUAAAGCUGUUGACAUACCACAAACGGGCACCGCAAAAACCAGCACAACAACAACUGUAAGGAAUUCGGUAAAUUUGAUAGCCGAGAAGAGCAACAACAAUAACAACAAGAAUUAUGAUCAAAUGUGGGACAAGUUGGGCACGCUUGGCAAGUCAAACAGCCUUGACGUUGCGGCGUCGGACAUUGAGGCAGCACUGACAACAAUUAAAACAACAACAACUACUAAUAGCCAAGAACCAAACUCAUCUGUCAAAAUUUCCAGCAGUGUGCAACCGAAAACAACAACUACAAAUGCAUCCAAUGAACUUGGAAAGACAAUAGGACGCGGCUUGGACGAAACACUUGGAACCACUGCUGGCGCUACAACAACAGCAGCAACCAUAAAAUACUUAAGCAGUGUGGCGGAGGGAACAAGUAACACGAAAUUUACAACAACAACAACAACACAAACCACCAGCGGGAGCAAGAAAAGCAACAACAAAAACAACUACAAUGACAAUGAUAAUGAUAAUGAAGAUAUAUUAGUUGCCGGAAGUUCCACCACAACAGCUGCCCCACCAGUGGCACACACCCAACCCACACGCACGCACCAUCACCAUAACCAUAAGGAACAACCACAACAAGCCCACCACAACAGCACACAUUCGACAAAAUCAUCGCGUAAACAUCACGGCCACAAUCGGCAACAUCAUCGUCAACGCGGCGGACAACAACACAAUCGGCGCCACCACACCAACACCGCUGGCGGACGUUCCAGUGAGUCGACCGCAACACGCACCUCACGCCUCGACACAGGUCGUGCCGCUGUCGAUUUGCGACCUUCAAACGCGUACGGCAACAACAGAGCGGCAGCAACAGAUAUCGAUUUAAAUCGGCUCGAUGAGUUGGAUUUGUCUGCGAGCACAAACUUUGAGCAGUCCAUAAAUUUGCCACGCGGACAAAACCGCGGCGAUUCAGCGGCAUCUUUUGAAACAGAUGCGCUCGAUUACGACGCACGCCGCAACUACGGCAAAUCAACAGCAACCAUUAGCACGACAACACGUGACAGCAACAUUCAUAUUGUUAAGCCCGAGAAGUUGCCGGAGAUUAUACCCUCCACGCCAUUAACAAGCAAUUCGAAAAUUAUCGAAAUCAAAACCAAAAGCGGCAGCGGCAGCGGCAGCAAAAGUGCCAGUAACAGUAAUAUUGUGAAGCGUAUCAAGCGUAUGGCCGACGAGGAGAUGCAGGUGGAAAUCGAACCAGAAUACCUGGUGGGUGAAUUAGCUGGCAAUGAUUCGAGCGAGUAUAUGGCAGCACCCUCAUCAGUAGCCGGUUCCGCUACAUCUGCAAUAUCUUCUAAGUCAUCAGCUGGCAGCAGCAUCGCAACCGCACAGCAGCCACCACAAACGAGUCUGGUACGCCUCGAUGGUUUCGCCGGCAUGCUACAAAUCUUCUUCGGCAUUGAAAAGCCCAUCGAUAUGUCGGUGUUCGACCACCCGCCAAGCGCGGAGUUUGUGAAUCUUGUCUUUGCGCUGCUUGUCUGGUGUGUACGUUAUCCGGCUGUCUUUUGGACGACAACGAAAUCAUUCGCGACCAUCUUUAGCAUACAAAUGAUUGCUGUCGCUUUAGAUAUCACAUUUAGCUACAUUGGCGCUGCCAACUUAUACAAAUUGCAGGUGUACAGCGAGGCUAUGCCCAUCCAAAACUCCGGCCUCAUUUUGAACGGUGUGGUAACGUUGGCACUGUUUCUACUGUCGUCCGUGCUGAUGAUUGCCUCAUCGAUGAUUAUGUAUUUGUAUGGGCACGGCAGGUUGGCGGCGAAAAUGCGUGAUCGCUCAUUAAUCACCAUGAAAUCGAGUGAAACGUGGAUUUAUUUUGCGCACUGUGCGUCGCUCUGCUACGUUUUGGCCCUAGCUGUGGUGAAGGCGCCACUUUUGAAUGACCUCAGUGUCACGUAUAGGAAUAACUUACACUGCCCGACAUUUUUUUCAGCUCUCAUCAGCGUCGUACAUCUCUUACUGUGGAUUGUCAUUUGGCUGGGCUUAACGGCCAAACGUCGUUGGACCUUCAAGUUGCCACCAAUGGAUGCCUAUGGUAUCACAAAAGCUACGACACAACCGUUAUUGAUGGCGAAUCGCAGUAGUUUGCCCAGCGCUGGCAGCGUUAGCGGCAGUGGCAGUAAUAUAGGCAGCUCGGAGCAGAAGAGCUCAUCCAUGAUGAGUAGCGGUGGAAUGGGUGGUGGUCGUGGUGGCAAAUUGAGCACUGAGUCCAGCACCGAUGGCGGCGGCGAUGAUGUAUACUGGCCAAAAUUGACACCAAGUUCACCAAAAUUGAAGGUUACCUUCAAUGAAGUACCGAGUACGUCAGAUGAUGUCCUACUAAUUGGUGACCAUGAACAAAACGAUGGCAAGCGCCAUUCGCCCCGUGGAACCGCGAUAUGUUUUGCCAGUGUUGCGGGGGAAAUUGACGACGGAGAAUAUGCGACACUAAGAACUGCCAGCGCUGCCACCAUGGCAGGCAUCACCGUUACCAGUAUGAACAGCAGCAGCAGCACCAGCCACAGCAAAACAACAGGCAAGAGCAACAUUGACCCCAUCAUGACGAUCGGCUGUGGCAAUGAGACACAUGUCGGCGGCCUCACCAACAAACACAGCACAACUCCCACCGGUGCGCAUGGCAUGAAACUUUUACAACUCAGCGAAUACGAUGAGCUGCCACCGCCACCACCACAACUAAUGCCAACUAGUGGUGGCAAUCACUCAACAGCCGUUCGUGCAAAUUAUACCAACUACGUUAGUGGUGGUGGUGGUGGUGUUGUUGUCACUGACCCUGACGGUGGUAACUAUAACAACACUGCCGGCAGUGGUAGCUUCGGUGAUGACAGCGCCUCGGAGGAGGGCAAACUAUUGGCUUGUGUGCGUGAUGAUAGCGUGACAUAUGCAUCGACUCGCGAUUUGGAGCCGCCAACGGCAACUACACUGCCGCCACCACCGCCACCAAAGCAUGCCACAGAUCAGCAGCUCAUCGGCACGGGCUGUGCUAAUAUGAACACCAAUAUCGCUAAUGGUUUAGCAGAGAUGAAUAGGAGUGAUGGCGGUGCUGGUGGUGGUAGUGAUGUCGCUACUACUGCCAUGGCAGGCCGUGCUCCCCAAGCUAUACCGGAGAAUAUGCAAUUGUCUUCGUCGCCGGAGCAUCUAGUCAGCCCAUUGGCACCGGUGACGGUCACGGUGCACACUAACGAAGCACAUAUCGCCUCCAGUUCGACACCGCGUUGCUUGCGUCGUGCCGAUUCGGGUGUACCAAAUGAAGCGCUCACACCGCGCAGCGACACCACCUCCACCACAGAGAGCACCACAUCACCGCCCGAACGCGCACCAUCCGAAUCGUCGAGUGGUGUGCAUUCGGGCGAGGAACGUGACGUCGAAGUGGUCAUACGACCACGUUCCGCCUGCAAGCCACCACCCAAGCCGCCACAACCGCCCAUACAAGAGGAACCCUACGGACGUUGUACCAACAUGCGUAUGUCCAGCUUUGGUGGCGAUGCAAUCGGAGCGGCUGGCCGCGCACUCAACAGCGCCACCCUGCCACUGACACGCUCGGUGCCCGAACAGAAAUUCGAUUAUGCCAAUCAUUGCAGCACAAUGCCAUUACCGGCGGCUUGUCACAGUCAACAGCAAGCGACGCAGGCUGUACGCGGCAGCGGUAACUACGGCAUGACCACAUCUGCAUACUCGAUGCAUUCACAACCACCGCUGCCGCUGCCGCCGCCGCCGCCACCACAGCAAAGCGGCCUAAGCAGUUUUCGUUCGCAAUAUGCCAACUCAGCGGUGGCAAUGGCCGGUGUGAAUGUAGCGCGCAUGCAACAACAUCAACAACAUGAAACGCAGCAACAGUACUCAGCGCCACAGUCAAUAUCACCACCGCCGCCACCACCGCCCGUCGGCAUGCACACCACACUGCCGAACGGCGUGCGUUAUUCAAAUCCGCAUUUCCUGCGCCGUCUGCCGCAUGUCACCAAAGCGGCUGAAUCGCCAUAUGGACAUUUGGGAUUGGGUGCCGGCCAUCAUACCUUCUCCAAACUACUGCAGGAUCCACUACAACACAGUCUAGUCAAUACAGCCAUACCCGAAGAUCGUGACUCGGCCAACUACUCGAUGUCUUCGGAACAAGACUGCGGUAAUUUGUAUGCAACUGCGGAGUCCUACAACUAAAGCAGUAUUGCGUAAGCGAUUUUUGUCGAGCGGGCGAAGUCAUUGCAGCUGCAGCUCAACUGGUUAUUCAUACAUAUAUACCUUGAUAUUUUGACUAUUCGAUUUUGAUAACGACUAAAAGUUAUUUAAUAUAAAGAGCAGGCGCGUUAAGCAAAUAUUAUCACGAAUUGUGACUAACUAAAGUUUCGAAAUGGGUAAAGAAUAAAAUGUGUUUGUUUGCUCAUGCGGUGGGGAAAACAAUUAUAAAAGAAGAAAUUUUAAUGAUUAUGACAUUUUAUAGUUUAACACGCUAACACUUCAUCAUUAGUGCUAAUUUCGGCAUACUUCGACCGAAAUUAAUUCAAAUUUCAAAACAAAAAUAUAAAUUUGCUCAGACUCAGACACCAAUUUGCUUGCAUUUUUUUCAC